AUGUCUGUACCCACCGUUCCUGCCGACCCCUCUGCUGCACCUUCUGCAAUCACCGCGUCUGGAGACGCAUCGCAACCGAUUCAAUGGAAUUUCCCCGUGUCGCCUAUUCCUGAUAAUCCGCUUGGGGAAGGGAGGUUCAUCAAAUCUGCUGCAGCUCUGGUUAUUGGAGACGAAAUACUGAAUGGAAAGACGUUGGACCGGAACUCCAACUAUUUUGCCAGGUUCUGCUUUGAGCAGGGAAUCGAUCUAAAACGCAUAGAAGUAAUUCCUGAUGAUGAAGACGAUAUUAUUGAGGCCAGCUGUCGUUUAGUCAAAACGUAUGACUUCGUCAUAACAUCUGGUGGAAUUGGACCUACGCAUGAUGACAUCACGUAUGCGUCGUUGGCGAAAGCCUUCAAUCAACCCCUAGUGCAUCAUACAGAGACUUUGUCUCGAAUGACGGAGAUGAGCCGUCAUCGCAUAGACAUAGCGAACCAGACGGCGGAGCAGCGCGAAGCUCGGGAACGCAUGGCCCUAUUUCCAGCCAGUGCGGAAGCCCUGUUCAUUGCUCCAGACAUUUGGGUGCCUGUAGUCCGCUUAGAAGGCAAAUUAUGUAUCUUCCCUGGAAUCCCUAAAUUGUUCCAGCGGAUGCUAGAUGGAUUAAAGCCAUACCUUCCGCUCCCUCCCCCAAGCGAGCGGCCGUUCAGGCUGCAGGUGUUCACCAAUCUUCCGGAAUCAUCUAUUGCGCCUUACCUCACCGCUCUUCAAGCUCGCACCAAAUCAGCGGGGGUGCGUGUUGGCUCUUACCCGCUUCUCAUGCGCGGCGUAUACGUUGCGCUUAUUGGGCGUGAUGAGGAUACUGUCAGAACGCUUGCCGAUGAGGUUGCGCAGGAAUUGCAGGGCAGAGUUGUCACGGAGGAAGAAGCAGCGAAGGAGAAAGCUGGUUUGUAA